AUGAAUAUCCAUAAUAUAUACUACUCUACGGUGCAAGAUUGGCUUUACGACAUGGACGGUGAGGAUGCUAAUGCCACAAAGUUUCAGGAGCGGGUUGACUUUCUAAAAGUCACUGGCAGUCCCAUAUAUUUGCGGUCUCAAACAAAACAGGGAAGACUACCAUGUGGAGCAAGCCAGUGUUCACGUCAGAUGAAAUGUACGCCCAAUGUAUAUACUAAUGCUCCUGAAUCUGAAGCUGGUGCCAAAGACGAAGAGGGCCAUGACGAGCUUUGA